UAAAGCCUAUGCUUAAGUGAGUGUGCAGUUGUUCUCCUUCAACUGUCAAAAAUCUCGGUCCUGAAAUACAAUCCAGAACCGCUGCAGCGCAACAUGAUUGAUAAACGGAUGGAUGCCUCGUGCUGGUUAUCUGCCUGUUGUUGGUGCUCCUAAUCUGAUAGUCCUGCUCCUCUCCACCCCUCCUACUGCUCUGCCCGAGGCCAGUACCAGCAGAAACCAAUUAGCAGACACGUCCAUUAAUUGCACAUCGGAGAGCCGCGCAUCUCCUCGGCUUCAUAAAGCGAGGGACGCAGGCAGCGCAAUCCGUCACUUUAAUCAAGUUUUUACCGACUGGUGCGACGUUCAUGAUUCGCUCAAUCAAGGCGUCACGGGCUAUUUGUCCGCUGACCUCUUCCGGCCCCACCUCCCUCUGCUCCUGUUCCUCCGACGGACUGUCCGCUGGAAAAUGAGAGUAUUCAUCAGGCUCUCCGGAGAGAAACAGGCCAUUGCUGUGACGAAGAAGUCUCUGCUGCAGCCAGUCCCACUCCUCACGCUGAUUAGUUUAGUUUUCAUGCCGCAGGGCCACAUCCCAGCUCCUCAUUGCAGAAGCAGCUCAGCAGGAUGACCAGAAAAAAAACACAGCUUCACUGGAUCCUUGCGGAAAGAACGAAAACUAGGCAAAUGGAUGCGAAGAACAGGCAAUGAUGGUGUUGUUAAAAGGCCCCUGAAAUAGCCGUGGAUCAAACAGCUGUCACUCAGGUGUGAGUUGUUGCACUUGUGCUGAAAAUGCAACAAUCGUGUGCAGGUGCGCAAAAGCUGCUCUUCAAACCAGCCCAAAGUCAUGCGCUCUAACAGGAGGAUCUGUGAAGGUUUAUUCACUUAGGCAAGUGUCAGCCCAUCUAACAGCAUCUGGAUGGAUGAUUUCCACGCAUCUCGCCCUAAACACGAGACUGACAGGGAAAAGUGUAAAGAGAAACAACAAGCUUGGCUUUGGAGGAGGAGAAGUGACAGAAGAGCUUCCGAGGAGGAAUAUCAGAAGGAGUCAAAGAAUCUGUUCAUCUGGAGGAGCGGAUGACGAAUCCUAAUGCAAAGUUUCGUGCAAAGUUUGAUGCACGCGUCACAGCGAGGUAUGACAUCAAGGCUCUGAUAGGCCGCGGCAGCUUCAGCCGUGUGGUUCGUGCUGAGCACAGACGCACACGCCAACCCUUCGCCAUUAAACUUCUGGAGGUCAAAGGUCGGGAGGGUCACGAGGCCUGUCAGGCAGAGCUCGGGGUCCUGCAACGGGUGAACCACAGCAACGUCAUCCGCCUGGCCGAGGUGUUCGAGACGCAGCAUCGCGUCUAUCUGGUUCUGGAGCUGGCCACAGGAGGAGAGCUCCUGGAGCGCGUGGUCGCCAGAGGAACCUUCAGAGAACGAGACGCCACUAAGGCCUUGAUGAUGGUGUCCAGCGGGCUGCGCUAUCUACACUCGCUAGGCGUCAUCCACAGAGACCUAAAACCAGAAAACCUGCUGUACUACCAUCCGGGACAGGACUCGCGAUUGAUCAUAACAGACUUUGGACUCGCUUGUUGGGAGAACAAGACGGCAGCAUCAUUUCAAAGCAUAGAAGAUACAGCUGUUAUGACUCAGGAUGCAAAUUUUGACUCUGCACACGUUGAGAAGAGCUGUCAGGCUAAAGAUUGGGCUGUGAGGACACUCUGCGGCACGCCGGAGUACUUGGCCCCUGAGAUGCUGGCGCGGAGACCCUGUAGCAGCGCUGUGGAUAUGUGGGCGCUGGGAGUCAUCACUUACAUCCUGCUGAGCGGCUCGCUGCCCUUCGACCAGAGCAGCCAGCCGCGACUCUUCAGGGCCAUUCUCAGGGGCAGCUACAGUUUCCAUGGAGAUCCAUGGAAAUCAGUAUCUACAUUGGCCAAAAGCUUCAUCGAUUGUCUCCUGACCCUUGAGCCCGAGCGCCGGAUGACCGCUGAGGAAACUCUUAAGCAUCCUUGGCUGGUCAGCAUGGCAGCCUGUUCCUCCAACAAGAAUCUACACCGCUCCAUUUCCCGAAACCUCCAGCGGCGGGCGUCACGGGCCUCCUCUCGAGGCCCCAGCUCGGGCUCUACUCCUGGUUCUCGGGUAUCGAUGAGGCCUGGAUCACGGCCGGGUUCUGGGCCACGGUUAGGGGUCAGAGACAGGUCACAAUGCCUGAAGAUCACUGCUUAGCAAGUUCAAGGUUUGGCUGGUUAGCAUGGUUCCAUUAUUUUAUCCCAAAGUGCUAUCGCUUAUCUGUGCUAUCAACAGCCUGUUUAAUUCUAAAGAUCAGAGAGAAAUGAUCAGUGAAUGAAUUGCAUCAUAAGUGGAUGUCAAGGAAAAAAAUUAAAAGAUGAAAAAUGCACAUGAUCCUUUAAAUCCUUCAGAUAAACGUGAAUGUUGAAUUGCAGAUCUUUCUUUUUCUGACAGGUAAAUCGUGUGCAUCCAUACUAAUAUGUUGGUGCUAUAUUAAUUUUUCAGGAUCUUCCGCAUAUUAUUUGCGAUCUCCUACUCAUGAUGAACAGCGAAGGAGUUUAAAGUCUCCACUAUAAAAAGAAAAGCACAGAUCAGCAACUCUGCUCUGUUCUCCCACAUUCAUUCCUUCAUUAAUCGGAUGAAUAUGAGCUGAUUAUAUAAACUCACCAUUCUAUUUUAAAAUAUACAUUUUUCAGCCCUGAAUAAUCACGCAUAAGACUAAAAUGCAAAUGGACAGGGAGUGUAAUCUCAAAUAGUCUGAUCUGUAGAUUUUCUGUCCUGCUUCUUUUUAUAUGACUGUUUUUACAUUAUUAGGAUGAAAUUAAAACUUUAAUUCAGCAAGGAUGCAUUAAAUUUAGCAAAAUUGACAGUAAGGUCAUUUAUAAAUUCUAUUUUAUAUAAAUUCUAUUUUAUUACUGAAUGCAUC